UUGAAUGGCCAAUGCAGUAGGUAUGCGAAAUCCCUUUUACAAUGGAUAUGCACAGUAAGAAACAGUUUUGCGUGUCUUUUUGUGGUUUUGUGCUGUGGCUGGAGCUGGUGUAAAUUACUUUUUCUAUUCUACUUGUCCUAAGAAAUGCUAGAUAAUUUCUUGUGUAUUAUUUAAAAAUUUUAACCUUGAUCAAUAGACGUCAAGUGUAUAUUGGAUCGACAUGUGGGCUUUAAAUGCAGUGUGAUGUGAAGAUGGGUAGAACUACUAAAAUCUUAAGAAAACAAUGAGUGCACCGAGUGGAUGCGUUACUUGUAGUGAUGGGUCGCAACAGUUUGACGUCAAGCAUGACCCUGAUUGCUCAGAGGGAGAGGAUGCCCAGAUACGGAUGGCGCCUCACGUGCAGGCGUAUCUGGCACGCAACAACCCCACCACAAACUGCUGUGGGCUUACCAUCCCGAUUGCAUUUGAAAGAGCGGCUCCGGGCACAUGGUGGAACCCCAGAUUUGACUCGGACAUCCUCGAAGGCCAAUACAGAAGUAGUUCCUUUAGACAGAUAAGAUUAAGAUUUAGAUUUGCACUUUUAUACAUUUUGAUAUUUUCUAUAUCAUGGUUUGUCUACUUUGUCGUCCUUGGUUUGAACGGCGUAACAGUAAAGUGGCCAUUUUUGUGUUCUCUUUUUGCUGGGGUCCUUUUGAUAACAAGUGUCAUGCUGUUUGUUACAUUUACGAAUAUUUAUAAAGUGUACACGUUCAGGCUCUCCCUGGUCAUGGCACUCGCCCUCUGUACUCUGAGCCUGUCCCUGGUGACGCUCACAACGCAGCUGGGGACGAGCUUCGCGACGGCUGCGGACAUCAGCCAGUCGGGACACUUCACUAUGUGCAUUGAAAUCCUAUUGAUUAUUUAUACACUCACACCGCUGCCGCUGUUUGCCUGUGUUAUCAUUGGACUUUUGUAUUCAAUAGUGUUUGAAGUGUUGAAUAUUGUUUUGCAUCUGUCAGAACAAGAAUGGCAAUGCCCCGGAAUGUUUGUGAGAAUUUUACUGCAGCUUUGUGUGCACAUAAUCGGUGUACAUAUAUACCUUAUGACAUUUGUGAGAAUGCGUGGCACGUUUAUGAAAGUAGGUCAAAGUUUAUUAGUAAGACGCCAGCUAGAAAUGGAGAAGCAAUUAAAAGAAAAGAUGAUUCAUUCAGUGAUGCCACCGAAACUGGCCACUUGGUUAAUGGAGGAGCAAGUACUUGAAUCUGACACAAGCUUGAAACCACACAACCCGCUCAACCCCAGGAUCUCAAACCCUGGAGCUUCGGACAUCAAGUCGUUGUUUAGGCCGUUCAAUAUGAGCUGCAUGGAUAACGUGAGCAUAUUAUUCGCUGAUAUCGUCGGUUUUACGAGGAUGUCCAGUAACAAAGGUGCUGAAGAGUUAGUGAAUAUAUUAAACGACCUUUUUGAAAAGUUUGAUGAGUUAUGUCAGAAUCAUGGGUGUGAGAAAAUAUCUACCUUAGGAGACUGUUAUUACUGUGUAUCAGGUUGUCCGGAACCAAGGCCGGAUCACGCGACGUGUUGCGUUGAAAUGGGAUUAGGUAUGAUAGACGCCAUACAGGACUUCGACAGAGAGCGAGGUGAAGGAAUCAAUAUGAGGGUCGGAGUUCACACAGGCACGGUGCUGUGUGGUAUAGUUGGCACGCGUAGGUUUAAAUUUGACGUAUGGAGCAAUGAUGUAACUUUCGCGAAUAAAAUGGAAUCUACAGGGAAACCGGGCCGUGUCCAUAUUUCAGAAGAGACUAGUAGAUUCCUCGGGGGUUCAUAUAUAUUAGAAGAGGGGGAAGAAGUUUUUGGCCACAAAACGUACUUUAUCGAGGGUCGGCAGUUGUAUUCCCCGUACGAACGGGAGCCGUGUUUCACUCCUUCCAAUCCUGUUAACUUACGCCUUAUCAUAUCACCCGCGGCGUCUCCUCAGUCCGUCCUCUCUUUCCACCACACUCCCAUUAUUGUCACACCGAAAGACGACAAACUGGGCACACAGAAACCUGAAUCCAAUAAUUUCCUUUCCCCCAGUUCAUUCAAUUUCCGAACCAAAGCAAGUUCAUUACCAAGUAUCUUAGACUCCGACACGGAAUUGGACGAGAAGAGAGACAAGGCUUACACUGAAGGGACUGACAGUUCGUCGAAAAGUCCGACUUCUGUGGGAAGUUACGGCAAGUAUACGAAUAAGUUGAAAAACUGGAAGGUGCCAAGGUUUUUGAGAAAGCAUUCUGACACACCAUUGCACGAGAUAAAGAAGCAGGAUCUGAGCGAAAAGUCAAUACAGUUCCUAGAGCGUGGCGAUGAUCCCGCCGGCUUGCAGUCCAGUAAUGGUUACCAGCAAGUGCCCAUAGUGAUAGAAUCUCAGGACAAUAAGAGGCCGCUACAGAGUAACAGCAAGCUGCACAUGCCGCCGGGGGACCAUUCCGCCUCCUUCGACAGAGAAAUUAUCGACAUAAGGUCAUAUUUGAGUCAGUCGAGAUGCAACAUGUCUCCGUUCGCGAGAAGCAGUAGUUACCGAUCGCAAUAUGGCCGACAGAACGUUAUCGAGACGCCGGUGAGCCGCGCGCGCAGCUCGACGCUGACGACGCAGGCCGAGGCGCUGCGCCCGAGUGCCAAGGACCGCACGCUCAAGCUGCCGCUGCCGUCCCCGCAGCCGGUGCGUCCGCACGAUGACGUCAUCAGUCUCUGCCCCUCCGUCAACAGCAGGAAGGACUCCGGCAUCAGGAGCACCAGCCGCCGCUCCAGCAUACAGCAGCAGAUAUUCGUGUUGAACCACAUCGCGAACUCGCAGAACGACAUGCUGCAGCACAGGGUGUCGGGGUACUACACGUCGAGCCAGUCGUCCCUGAACGAGUGCACGGCGAGGAGCCGCCUCCCGGCGCCGCUGAGCGAGCAGCAGGUGCAGUCGCUGCAGAAGCUGCGCAAGCAGUCGGACCUGCAGCUCAUCCGCUGCGUGCAGGACAACGCGCGCUCCGGCGUCAACUACUUCGUGCAGCCGCCGCUCAACAGGCUCACGCUCUGCUUCAAGUCUUUGGAAAUAGAAAAACACUACCGGGACAAGGCGCACAGAAGCGACGACUGCGAAGACUUCCCACCCACACUCACCACCUCUAGAUUUAAUACGGCUUUGGAUAUCUUAGUGUCGGCGAUCAUUUUUCUGGCAGUGAGUUGCUCAAUAUUUAUUUUGUAUGAUGACUGGCGACGGACCGUUGGAUGGUUUGUUUUCUUCACUUUCAUAGAGGUAAUUGCGAUGAUGUUAUGUGUGUAUAGGCACUAUCUGAAGUGGAAGACGCGACUGGACCCCCUCCUCGUGGCGGAUACAGUGAGACGCUCUGUCAGGAUAUUCAGAAAGCUAACCAACUGGUAUCCUUGGCACUUGUCAGGUAGUCUGUUGAUAAGCCUGCCGAUCCUGGUGGUGCUCAUCAAUUUCUCGUGCCAGAACACGACCAUGACUAUCUUGAGAGGCGAGCAGUCUUUCUACGUUUAUCUUCUGUGCAUAAGCAUCGUUCACUUUUGCAACUUUCUCCAAAUGAACUGGCUCGUGAAAAAUACUCUGGUGACGUUAUAUGCGGGCUUGUUUCUGUUCUUCGCGGUGCUCGGCUGCCACGAGGCGAAUACUCAACUGUUAGACGCUGAUAUUAAUCUUAAAGUAAAUGCGGUAACUUUUGCUCACAAUUAUACGGAUUACGUCGACGUCGGGAAUGAUACGUUGGACGCGUCCGAAUCGCAGGCCGGCGGAGACUUCGAAGGCAUGCACCAUAAGAUGCACUUGACGGAACUUUAUUUAGACGUGGCAUUGCUAUUGAUGCUCGUUUGGUUUUUGAAUCACGAAUUUGAAAUCAGUUACCGUUUAAGUUUCUAUAGCAAAGUGGUCGCAAAUCGUGAUAAACAAAGAGUGCAAAACAUGAGGAACCAAGCGGACUGGCUCCUGCACAACAUCAUCCCGCGGCACGUCGCCGACCAGCUCAAAAACACCGCCAAAUAUUCAGAAAACCAUAAAGACGUAGGAAUUAUAUUCGCAAGCAUAGUUAAUUUUAACGAGAUGUACGACGAAUCGUACUUAAAGGGGAAGGAGUAUCUCAGGGUACUCAACGAGUUGAUAGCUGAUUUUGACGAGUUGUUAGAGCGACCGCAGUUUCAGCACGUAGAGAAAAUAAAAACCAUAGGCAGCACUUUCAUGGCAGCUAGUGGACUCAACCCCGACCUGAGGCACGCCUCGCGCGGUACUUACGACCACCUCUACCAACUGAUGGACUUUGCGUUAGAGAUGCAGAAGGUGGUCGAUAACUUCAAUCAAGAUUUGUUGGAGUUCGACUUUAUACUUAGAAUCGGUUAUAAUUUCGGCGAUGUGACGGCCGGCGUGAUAGGUACCACUAAACUGUAUUACGACAUAUGGGGCGACGCGGUGAAUAUAGCUUCGAGGAUGGACUCUACAGGAGUGAUAAAAAGGAUUCAAGUCGGCGAGGCGUGCAUCCCGGUCCUGUCUUCGCGAUACGAAUUCGAACAUCGCGGAAGCGUGUACGUGAAAGGCAAGGACAAUAUGAAUGUAUAUUUGGUUGUAGGAAAAAAGGAUACGUAGUUAAAUAAAAUAUAGAGGAACGUAGAAUCUGUGAUUUUAUAAUUUAUAUUGGUAAAGUGAAAAUAUAUACAGAUACCUAUUUAUUGUAUGCAGCGCGUUUUGUGUGCCGCGACAGCUUGAACAAAUACUCGGGACGUCGAUCAGGUGAUAAUGUUAUUUAAGCUUCGUGUAUUCACAAAAUGCGUGCGUGUGCAUAUUUAUAUUUUGUUUAAGUAAUAUUUAAUAAUAAAAAUAUAUUGAAAUCUCCUUGCCUAUAUUAAAAAAUCUGUGACCAGUGUUCUAGUCUCCAAAUUUUUGGGUGUGGUCCAUUUUUUAAGAUUUGUAUGUGAUUGACGUUGAGUCGGUUGUGAGUGGCGCUGGCGGCUGACGCUGUGCUGAAAAACUGGACUACCACCCUAGAUAACUUGUAUAUUUAAAUAUACUUUUCUCUACAUAAAAAUAACAUAUUUGUAUAUUAUUAAAUUAACGGCCCGCUUGGGCCCAAAUACCGUUUAUAUUUAUUGAACGUUUAGUUGUAAGUAAAUGCUACUAAUAUUUUGUAGUACUAGGUCCGUUUGAAGAUGUAAGAAUAUGUAGAUAUGUUAUAUGUCGCUUACAAAUGCGUUUUUUUAAUCUAAUUUGUCAAUUUUAGGGUUCUGUGAGAAUGGGAUAAUAUUUUUCAAUUUUUAUGUAGUGUUGGGGAUACAAUAAUUGCAUAGCAGAUAUAAAGUUAUUGUAUUUGUAUACUCAUUGUGUUAUAUUCUAUGACAUCAAUAUUUAACUUGCGGAACCCUAUGCAUACAUUUUGCUCAUUUAUGUACAAUGUUGUUAGCACGAAACAAUACGGAGUUUAUUGAUGAAUGAUUAUAUUUAGAUACGUAGAGACUCAAUACGAAUUCGUUUAUAAGCUCGUUGAUUUGCAAUAAUAAUUUAUUUGACACGUUUGCGAUGCAUUUGCGUGUGCAGUGGGACUGUUUGUAUAACUGUAUAGCGGCAUGCCUCGUACCCACUUAUAUAUUCUAAAGUUUAAUUUGUAAACUGACUGCGCCGUGCAUCGACGUGGUAGGAGAUCUUCAAACUUAUGAUAAAAGCCUUAAAUACUUUACAUUCCACUUGUAUUUAAACUAUUUGCCUUCGAAAUGUCUAUUUUCUAUAUAUAAAUGGCGAAUUUAAUGGUCGGCCGAUUUGUAAGUAACAGAUAUAAUGAGAGGGGAAUAAUAUUUUUACCAACAGAGUGACGGACCAACAUUGAAAUAUAUAUGCGUAAAGCUCUCUUGAAAUUCAUCUCUUCCCCCAAAAUUAAAUAUUUACUUGUGAUAUACAUACAACGUAUAUGUAAUUGUAAUAUAGUUGCUCGUGAUAUUAAAAUGUCCAGUAAAAUUGUUCUCUCUAUAUUUGAAACGACGAUGUUCAGUAAGUAGGUAAAUGUAGGUAUCGAUUCUGAGAGCGUAGAUAUAAUAGUCAGUCCAGAGGCGGUCUAAAGUUUACCUAACGUGAAUACUUCGUGGUAAUAACUUGCACGUAGAAUUAUAAAAAUUAUUGAAGUUUCUACAUUAUUUAAAUCUUAGAUUUUUGUAGCAGUACGUCGGUAGACGCAUGUGAAUUUGUAAGUUGAGAAAUUGAAGCGGUGUCGAUCUUUUAGUGGAGGAACGGGGAAAAGGGAGCGAGACGGUGUUAUUGGCUUACUAACUAUUACUGGGGUUACUAGAUGAGAUAUUUCACUUUUUAAAUUGUUUCAAUAGCGUUCAUCCAGUAAUUAAAUAAGAAGUUGUAUUAUUUGUAUGGACAGAAUUGACAGGUCCUAAAUAUAAUUAUUUCAAAAGUAAGUAAAUAAUACAGGGUUUAUGUUUAAACUACAUUGGUUUUCUGUGAUUUUUCCCCCACCCUUAUAGAGCCAGCCCGCUAAUAAUAACCGAUGUACAGCGUGGCUACGUAUAUGUCAAGGGAUGGCUUCCAGUGGCGAAAGGUGAAAUUUUUCGAAAGGUGACCCGGCACAACAUAUAGGUACUAAUAAGCAUAAACGUAGUCUGCAAAUCUUUCUAAUGAUAAUUAGAUUAUUCAUAAAUUCUACUUAAAGGGAAGCCGAUGGGAAUUGGAUAAUAUGGAUCCUUCGCCACUGAUGGCUUUACAUAGUCAUAAAGCUGUUGCCAAAUUUGGGUAAAAUAGUUUAUGUGGGUGUUCAUAUUAUUUGUUGUUCAAAAACGCCCACAGAUAGUGUUGUCAUUGUCCCGGGAUGAUCUUUCACACAAUUCUUGAAGUCCGGGGUCUAGUUUUCUUUCUCCGUAUAUAUUUUGCGUAUCACGCAACUGUGUGUUCAUUUAUGUUAAUAUUAAAUAUUUUAUCUAUACUACUUAAAACGUGUGACCUAUUUUACUAGACUUUACAUAAGUACUGACGAAUCUAGGAAAUAACUAUUGAUGCGAGUGUGAUCUGUAUUUACGGUUGCUACUUAUUCUAUGAUUAAGCGAUUUGGCAACUAAUUCGAAGUUUUCACGUUGUUACAAAAGUUGUUAGAGAUAGGACUUACAAUCGCCAAAAUAAUUCUAAAACUGUUUAGAAGCAUUCAGAAUUGGUUCCUAUGUGUUUGAUAGAUUAUCUUUUAUUGAUAUGUUUGGUAUACGGAUGUUGGAUAGACUAUUUUCAAGAAGUAAGGAAUGGCAACUGAAAUAUAUGAAGUGAAACGUAACACAAUGAAUAUUUGUAGAAAUAGUUCUGAAGUUUUGUGUUAAUUUCCGAUAUGACUUUCCCGGAACUUUAUUUAUUAAAUUAGAAUAUACAAGGUGUAAAUUUGUUUCCUAACUAAGUUGAAGAGACAAUUAAGUCACAAAAUAGACAGUAUCAAGCUGAAAUAAAAACAACUAUUAAUUUUUAGUCCACUAUUUAUUACUCUUCACAGGUUACUCAUACAGUUAAAUGUAAAUCACAAAUGUGAAUCAGAAAGAAAAUGGAAAUUUAUUUAUUUCUCUUACAAAUUUUUUUGGCCAGUUAAUAUGGCUUAUUUCUUUAUUAUAACACUUUUAAAGAACAGCGGGAAUAACCAAGGAUACAUUUGAGCAUUUUGAAAAUAAUUUUUAUUAAUCUUUUUGUAAUUCAAUCGGAGUGAUUUACAUUUAACUUUGUAUUAUUGUUUAUCACACGCCAGCACAAUAACUUUUUUUAUUAUUAUGGCUAAGUAUUCUUAGUUAUUUGGUUUUUACAUCUUGUAUAUUAUUUAAUUUAGAUUUAAUAACUACCAUCUUCUUUGCUAUGAUUUUACUUAUAAAUAAAAAUGUGAACGAUA